CGCACUGGAGAGACAGAAGAGUGUUGUUGGGUCCCGUUGCCUCAGAUCGGCCGUGAGCGGACUGUUACCGAGGGAGGGACACGAGCUCCGGAUGCAAUACAUCAAGGACUCCAAUGCGUUGCCAAACGUUUUGAAUUCGGUUUCUGCGCCCAUUUCCCGCAGGAAACAGCGCCUAAAUAAACGUGGGUGGGAUUCCGUCUGCAUUAGAUAACGGAUCUAUGUGACAAUGAAUCAGACGAACGACAUUUAGCCAAAUUUUAGGAAAUAUUUCUAUUUUCGUGCAGGACGGGCUUUUCUGGCGCUUGUUCUGAGGGAGGAUCCUCCGAAAACGCGCAAGACGCGCCGGUGUGAAUGGACGCAUUGUCCUCUCGCCCUUGUUCUUCACCUGCACGGUUUUUAUCCGCAUUUAUCCCUGACAUGGUCUCGCUUUGGUAGUAAAUGAGAAUACGCGGUACAGUUUUACCUCAGUGUAUGAUCAUCUGAGGCGAUGUGGUGCAAGAAACAAACGGAGAGUCCGUUCACCUUCUGAAGUGAACAUCUUUGGAUUGUUCGAGAAUUGCUCGUUCUAACUCUGUUUACGGCGCUGAAAGGCUUGUUUUUGGAUUAAAUCAUCUAUAGUGAUCAUCUGUGGUAAAUCCGCCAAAUCCUAUUUUGGGAAUCUUGAGACGCGCGAGCCGCUGGGAUGAAGAAUCGCUGCUGGAAAAUCACCGCUUAAAUUGGGGACACAUUCCGCAUUUCGAUGAGAUUUCAUAGUGUAUGACAUCGAUUUAUAGUUUAUUUCAUAUUACAAAAGACAAUUUAUACCACAGAGAAUAUUGUUAUGAGACUUGGAGGAGACAUAUUAAACAUCUUACUGAAGAUCGCUGAGCUGCUCUGAACUUGGAGACGUUUGGACGCGCCGGGACGGAGGUGGCAUCACUCCAGCUUCCCAGAAGCCCUUGAAAAGACGAGAGAUGCCCUUUUGAGAUGACUGACACUGGAACAAACUUCAUAUCUGGUCCUGGAAGCUGAUGCAUCAUGGAGAGGCUGGUGUUUUAUGUGUUGGUGUUUGGCGCGCUGGCGAAGGCUCAGCAUUGCCCGGGUCGAUGCAUCUGUCAGACCAUCUCACCCACGCUCACCCUCCUGUGUGCUAAAACCGGACUUCUGUUUGUGCCCCCGACCAUCGACCGCAAGACCGUGGAGCUCCGUCUGACCGACAACUUCAUCACGUCAGUCCGCAGGAAAGAUUUCUUGAACAUGACCAGUCUGGUACACCUGACACUGUCGCGCAACACCAUCAGCCAGAUCGCCCCGCACGCGUUCGUGGGACUCAAGGCUUUGAGAGCGCUUCACAUGGACGGGAACCGUCUGACCCUCAUUAACAGCGACCAGCUGAAGGGUUUGAUCAACCUGAGACACUUAAUACUGGGCAAUAAUCAGAUUCAUCAGGUGGAAUCAUCCACUUUCGACGAGUUCGUGUCCACCAUCGAGGACUUGGAUUUGUCAUACAACAACCUGAGGACGUUACCGUGGGAGGCGAUAGCAAGAAUGACAAACAUCAACACGUUAACGCUGGACCACAAUCUCAUCGAUUAUAUCGGAGUGGGGACCUUCAUGCUGCUCACGAAGCUGGUGCGGUUGGAUAUGACGUCAAACCGGCUACAGAAUUUACCGCCCGACACUCUGUUUCAUCAUGCCCAGGUGCUAUCCGACCCAAAGAUGUCCAGUUCCUCCAAACUGACGGUGAGCUUCGGCGGAAACCCUCUUCACUGUAACUGCGAGCUCCUGUGGUUGCGUCGCCUGACGAGAGAAGAUGAUCUGGAGACCUGCGCUUCUCCGGAACAUCUGAUGGAUAAAUACUUCUGGUCCAUCCAGGAGGAGGAGUUCAUCUGUGAGCCGCCCCUCAUCACCAAACACCAGGUGACCAAACCCUACGUCAUGGAGGGUCAGGGGGUCACGUUAAAAUGUAAAGCGAUGGGCGACCCUGAACCCGCAAUACACUGGCGCUUUCCGGACGGCAAAUUGGUGCACAAUAAUUCUCGUACCAUUCUGUAUGAUAAUGGCACUCUGGACAUCCUCAUAACCACCCUGAAGGACAGCGGGGCGUUCAACUGCGUUGCGUCCAACGCUGCCGGAAUCGCCACGGCUUCCGUUGAGGUCAACAUGAUCCCCUUACCUCUGUUUGUGAACAACACGGGUCACAUGAGAGAGGCGGACCCGGGGCUCUCUGACAUUACCACCUCCACCAAAUCUGGCAACAAUGACACCAAGUCUCAGAACAAACGGGUGGUGGUGGAGGAACUGACGUCCAGCUCGGCUGUCAUCCACUGGCCCUCAGAACGCCAUAUUCCUGGAAUCAGAAUGUAUCAGAUCCAGUACAACAGCACCAUAGAUGACACCCUCGUGUACAGGAUGAUUCCCUCCACGAGCAAGACGUUUAAGAUCAAUGAUCUGGCCGCCGGUCGAGAGUAUGAGCUGUGCGUGUUGGCCGUGUAUGACGACGGCAUCACGUCCCUGACGGCGACACGCGUGGUGGGCUGCGUUCAGUUUCACACGGCAGCAGAGGCGGGUCAGUGUCGCUUCAUCCACAGUCAGUUCCUCGGCGGAACCAUGAUCAUCAUCAUCGGCGGGAUCAUCGUGGCAUCCGUCCUCGUCUUCAUCAUCAUCCUCAUGAUCCGUUACAAGGCCUACAGCGCCAGCGAUGCAGCUAAGGGCAAAGCGCGAUGCGGCAGAUCUGCCAUGCAUGUUCACUCGCAGACCAACGGGAGUCAGGGGUGGAGCAGGUCCAAGCAGCGCUUGCAGCUGGCCGAGGAACGGCCCUCGCCCACGGGGGAGGACUGUAAUGCGCUGGUCCUUCUGAAGAUGGAGGAGAUGCAGGAGGAGCUCAAGGUGGAUCUGCCGCCUAUAUGCUCGGAGAAAGCUCCGCCUUCCAGGCGGGCCAGCUUGGGCGCGCCGCCCUCUGAUGACACCCAGACGGAUAGCAGCCUCACGGGCUCCACCAUGUCCCUGUGCCUGAUCGGGCCUGGUGCCGGCCCUGCGGAGGCGCCGCGUCUCAAUGACAGAAAGGGGGCGCUGGCGAACAUGGGGUUGCUGCCCAGCGAGCUGGCCCGGACUCGGCACAGGUUCUCCUUCGACGGAGAUUACGCUCUGUUCCAGAGCCACAGUUACCCGCGACGGGCCAGAACCCGCCGGCACAAAUCCACCACCCAGCUUAACGCUGAUGUGUCGCCGCCCUGCAGUCGAAGGGUGACGUUUAGCAGUACGGAGUGGAUGUUGGAGAGUACGGUGUGAUGGACAAACAAAGGCAUGUCUCCACACGUCUUUUGAUGUGUCUAAAUAUAGACGUCGUUGUGGUCGCACAUUGAUCCCUACAUCCGGUUAACACACGUGAGAUAUAACACUCUAGCUCCAUUCUUAAACCCAACGAGCUGCCUGUCUAGACGAUAUCAUAGUGCAAUUGACACCAAGAGCUGCCAAAUCUCAUUGUGUGUGAUUGUUGAGUAUUAUAAAUCGGUGGUUUGGGUUUCACCGGUGAACCGCAGGGCAGCUCGCUGAGUUUUGGAACGGGAUUUGGUGUGCUAUGUGAGAGCACAAUCCGACCCUGUCCUGCGUCCUCCUGCGGUCCUAAAGAUAGUCGGAUACCACGCCAUUUCCACUACUGCAGCGGUGCCUUAUCUAACAGAUCGACCGGUGGAGGAUGCUGCUCAUACCUGUGUUCAAACACACUCCUGUGUUUCAGUCUCUCUGUUCAUGUUUGUUUUUGGUUUACUUUGUGAUGCCAAGGGUGCAGGAGAAAGUGACUAAAUACAUGUAUGUUUUCCUCUGUCCUUAAAAAAAAACAGUGAUGAUGACAAUAAACUCAUGCAGGUGAGCUGUGUGUGCGUAUGUGUAUGUGUGUAUCGAAAACUUUCAAAGACUUUUGCACAGAAGACACGAGAUAUAUAUGGAUUGCACCAGUCUAUACAACAAUAACAACUAAAAACAAUUACAAAAUAGAUCUAUACAAAUGACGUUUUCCAGGAAGAAUGGACCGGGUUACGGGCAGGACUGUUCUCCAGCGAGUGUUGUGCUGAUGUGACUGUGUCUUGAAAAUCUGUUUUGUAUCUGGCUGGUCUAGAUAAAAAAAAGAGAAAGACACUUAUGACGACAGCCGGGAUACAUAUAUAGGUAUAUUAAAAUCUCUCAGUGUAUGUGUUAUAUAUAUAUAUAUAUAAGCCAGUCAUAGUUGACAUUACUUUUUACGAAACGUUCAGAGUGCUGGCGUACGGUUUUUACAUUAAAAACCACAGUCAUCGCUUAGAAUAUUACAGUUUGGAUCCUUUAUGCCUCGCAAAAGGGGAUUAAAUUUUUUUGUGUGGUUUGACUGUAAAAUGUGUCUUGUCGUCUUUCUCUGCUUGUACAUUUUCUGCACACUUUUCUUCCAAAACUUUUCUAAGUGUGUAACUUUUACACAGCGAUUUCUGCCAGGUCAAUGAAUCAGAUUUUCAUCAUCCAGUGAUUUUUCUUUUGGACUUCUGUAAAAAUCUCACAAGGGUCUAAAGAUCUGUCUGACAACUAUCACACUAUCAAACGUUGCUCUGGUUUUAUAUUUCCUUCAGAAAAUGUUGUUUUGUUCCAGAAUUCAAUGAGGCCGUGAUGAUUAUUUUCAAGUUUCUGUGUGCUAUCCACAAAUUCCUGUGAGAUCAAUCUGAAUUUAUGCAAUACUAUAA